AUGAGCUGCGAUUUCAGUGGGUCCCUUGACGCCUCCGGAUGCUUGCGUGUGAGUGACAUCAGGAGAGCAGCGUGGCCCACCUUCCAGGGUCCUGGAGUAGACGGAGCAGUCUCUUCACUCCAGACUCUUAUUUCUGGUGCAUUUCAUGGCAAAGGAUUUCACAUGAUCGAAGAAUUUCUUCGGCAGAAACAGAGCCACAUGCCUCAGAAGUAUGACCAUCUUCUCCUAUGCCAUCUUGACAGACUGAUAAAAGAGGAGCUGGAUAAAAACGAGUUCCGGAAUUGUUCCCUGCUGCUGAAAUGUCUCCAGAGAUUCUUCAGGGAUGACCCGGACCAAGAGGAGCCCUUGCUUAUUCAGCAGGGACUGAUCCCAAAGAUGGUUUCCUGGUUUGAAACAAUAACAGGAUUUCUGACUACCAAAGUGCUGGCCUCGGAGGUGCUGCUGACUAAUGCCGUGGAGGACUUCUUAGAUACUGCACUGAUCAUUUCCAGGCACAGCAGGAAAGGGGCGAUCCAGAUGUUGGAUUCCUUCAUACUUUGCUUAGGAUUCCUGGUGACAGAAGAUUCCGUGAAGCCCUUCAUUCAGCAGGAGGCGCUGAGGACUUUGAACUGCAUUCUGAAUGCUGCACCUCGGGGAGAGAGAAGAAAGCUCUCUUCAGCAGAAGGCGUGUGCUGUCUCAUGAAAGAAUUGGCAAGGACGAUCUUGACUGUGGGCGAUUACAGCCAGCAGGUUGCUCUCUCUGAGGCACUGUGUCGAAUGUCUGUUGGAACGCAGAGGAAUGAACUUGCCAUCCAGUGGUUUGAUGAUGCCAUCCUGGCUGAAGCCUUCAAAGAAAUUAAGAAUCGGGAAUUUGAGACGGACUGUCGGCAGUUCCUCAAUCUCUUGAAUAACAGACUCGGCGACCAGAGAAGGGUGUACUCAUUCCCAUGUUUGGCGGCUUUUGCUGAUGAUCAGGAGAUGAGAAAACCAGCAGAUGAAAAGUUAAAGGAAUUUUGGAUUGACUUCAACCUCGGAAGCCAGAGCGUGACUUUUUACAUAGAUAAUGCAGAGAAUGCUCUGUGGGAGCCAGUACAACUUUUGAAGGAAGCUGUGGUCAGGUUCAUCAUCAUAGAAAAUGAUAGGAUAAAGAUGUUCAUCAUUUACCUGAAGCAUCCAAUUGUUAUCGGCAAGAGAGAAGCAAAGAAAAUACAAAUCCACUUCGAUAGGCAACUUGGCAUUUCACAAGCUUCCGUUCAAACUUUGGGAGAAGACAAACAGGCCCCUUCAUUUCAGACUUCUUCUGUUUUGAUAAAAGUCUCCUCUGACUUUGAAAAAGAAGAUGGUGAGACUCCUAGUAGCCUCGAAAGAGAAACAGAAGGUGCGAAAGAAUCCAGAAUCCUUCCAGAAUUCAUGGAUGCUGAAGUUGACCGAUGCCUAAUAACUCGCUGCUUUAAUGUCCAGUCGGGGCCUUCUUUUAAUGAUAGGAAACAUGACUUCUUGGAGAGUAACGAAGAUUCAAGUUCAAGUACCAGUGAACGAUCCUGGACCCAGAACCUCAAAAGGAAAUCCCUAAGAACAUACUCCCAGAGGAGGAAGCCAAGAGUCAGUUCUCUACGGAUCCUACCACUCUCCCCCGUCAGAAGUGGCCACCAUGCUCCUGAGAAAGAUGAAGCCGAGCUCACACCACUAUGGAAAAGCAUCUCCAGGAGAAAUGACUCCACUCUUCUGAAAAUUUCUGAAACAAAACUAACAUCUGAGGCAUCUACACAGAAAAUAGUAGUUUCAUCGACUCUGAUGCCAUCUUCUGGUGUGUGGACAUACCUGCCAACCAAACUCCCAUAUACAUCAAAAGUCAGAAGUCCCCACCUGUCCAGCAGUCCGUCUUCCGUAGAGCACUCGGAAGUGGAGGAAACCCUACCUGAGAUUAUGAACCGAGAACCAUUCAUGGGGAACAGUAGCUUCAAGCACAAGCUAGAAAACUUGGAACACAGAGGUGAGAUACCCGAUGGGAGUGUUGCUGCCCUAAAGCAAUCAAGAUUAGAAGAUGCUCCGGGAGCCCCCGUUGUAACAGACAUUUCUACUCCAUCUCAAGAAGAUAUGCCAGAAAAUGCAAAUGGUUCUGCUUUGAAAACAGCCUUUGAAAACUUCACUAGAGCUCUGAAAAGAAAAUUUGAGCUCAAGCAAGAAGAGAUGCCACUCUCUUCAGAAAAGGCAAAGGAAGUGCCAGCUUGCCUAAUGAGACUUUGGAACCAGAUACACAUGUGCAGACUGGACAAGCUGGACAGGUUUCACAGCUCCGUCCUUCAGGAGCUGAGCAACUUGGAGAAGGAUCUUCGGACACUGAAGUGCCUCGAGAAGGACGCUCUGGAGUUUUGGGAGAGACAGUCGGCUGACUUGCAAUCAUUUUGUGACCAGCAAGUGUGGAGGCUCCCACUGUUCAGAUACAAUGUGAACAGUGACAUAGAGUUGCCAGCCGAGUCAGAAGUGGAUGGAGGAUUUAGCUUGCCUAAAGAAUGA